GUCACUAAAAUUAAAAUUCAAUUCACUCUCAGUCGUUAUUAAAAGUAAAGUUAAAGUAUAUUUAUUAUUAAAUAAAUACAUUUCAAUACUGUACUACUAAAAUAUUAUUGAAGACAUACGUAAGCUAAUGGAAAAGCAAUAUACGGAUAUUAUGCCUACGUGACAGAGUUAAAAAAAUGCAUUGAUUUGAACCCAGAAAAGAUGACAGAAGCUGUAUGGUCUCAAUAUAAUGAUUUACAGAAAAUAGAUCUAUCUCAUAAAGCUAUAAGUGUCUUGACUCCUGGAAUUUCCGAAUGCGAGGGUGUUGAAACUCUGUAUUUACAGAGUAAUUCACUCACCGAUCUGCCAGCCGAUGUGGGUGACCUGAGGUGUCUGAAAGUUCUGAACCUGAACAAUAAUUCAUUAACUUCCAUACCUUCAUGUAUUUUCAAACUGCAUAUGCUUACGGAAUUAACAGCAAAAAACAAUUGUAUCACAAGUGUUAACAAAGAUGUUGGAAAUCUGUGUGAUCUAAACAUUUUGGACAUCUCCCAUAACGAGUUAAUAACACUUACAUCUGGUGUGGGAUUUUUAAACCGCCUUAAGCAUGUAAACCUAUCUAACAAUAAGCUCAAAAGUAUCCCUCAUGAGUUGACAGCUAUUUGUGGGCUUGUGGAGAUUGAUGUUUCUUCUAACAAGAUUAGAAAACUACCUUGUGUCAGAAAUUUGUUACAUCUAAAAGUAUUUAGAGCCAAAAAUAAUUUAUUAAAGAAGUUACCAGACUUUAGCCAAUGCAGGGAGUUGGUUACCAUUGACUUCAGUCAAAAUAUUCUCGAGGACAUUGAUGAUGCAAGUUUGAACUGUCAACCAUUUUUAAAAGAAGUUCAUCUCCAAAGCAACAAACUAAAAUGGCUUCCAGAAGAUUUUUGUAAUCUCUCAUCCCUUCAAGUCUUGGACUUAAGUUCCAACAAACUGAACACGUUGCCUCCAUUCAUAGUUGAAUACCCCAACCUCCAAGUAUUGCGCAUAGCAAACAACCCAUUCAAGGACAUUCCGCUUCACUACACCAAGGCGGACACACUCAGACUUCUAACUUUUCUAAGGGAGAGAGCCACUCUAGAAGCAGAACCUCCAUCCUCAGAAGAGGAUCAGCAACCAGUAGCUGUUCAUGAAGCUCCACCCUCUAGAUUCUCCUUAGGUCAGUUACGAAGAUGUGGAAGUGUUGUACACACCAGUCCUGAUGAACCAGUUCCCGACACUGUGUGGGAAAAUGCAGUCACUGCAAGAGUGGUCAUUGUCAAUCUAUCUCACUGCAGACAACGUCUACCAACACGUAUUACAGACUUGUCUGAAACACUGAUGGAACUUCACCUUGUGGACACUGGGAUGAAGGAACUUCCAUCUCUGGUUGGAGAACUUAAAGAACUUCAAGUUUUAAUCCUUGAUCAGAACUUACUCUCAAGCCUCUGUCCCGAGCUGACCAAGUGCAAAUACCUGAAGGAACUUUCUCUGGCAUGUAACAGGUUUAGCGAAGUUCCAAAGGUUGUUUUUGAGCUGAAGCUACUGAGAACCUUGAACCUCAGCAAUAACCAACUUGCAGACCUGAGCAGUGUUUGUGGCUGUGAGUCUUCUGUUGCUUUGGAGAAUCUGCAGUACCUAGAAACUCUAAAUAUCAGCAACAAUGAAAUCUUCCAGCUACCACCUCAACUGGGCCUCAUGACUAACCUUAAGUCACUUGAAGUAACUGGCAACAAAUUUCGUCAGCCAAGCUACCAUAUUGUGUCCAAGGGAACUGAAGCUAUCUUGGCCUACCUGAAGAACAAACUACCCGAGGAACCUUCAACUGAAGUACAAGAGAAGAAAACACCUACCAGAACACCCGUGUCUUUCUUUGUAUCAUAAGUGCUUGUGUGUCCAUAAGUGGUCCAUGAAAAUCAGUCACGUUUUAACCUAAUUUAAUCAUUACUAAGGAUCAGCACCAGCAAUUCUAGUCAAAGCUAUGAGCCAACAAUUAAUUACCGUUUUUAUUUUCUCCAUGAAACGAAAUAUGAGUUGCACAUUUGCACUACUCUGAUACUCAAAGCCUAAGGAAAUAUGGAUUUCUGUUUGAUUUUUUAAACAUUUGAUCUUAUGUAUUUGAUACAUUAUUUUUGGUUUUGAUACCUUUAAAGGGUGUUAAUUCUUUCCCCAACAGUUUUUUUUUUCUCUAGAUUACUCAUCUUUACUGAUUUUCCUGUAAUGAGCUUGAAAAAAAUCAUCACAUUAGACUUUUGCUAUCAGAACUUUUUGAGGUGAAAAAUUGCAUCUAAACCAUCAAAUAGGGAUUAUCUGAUUACCCAAAAAUUGUUUCCUCCUAUUCACCCAAUGUUGUUGAGACUCUGCACAUGAAAAUUGUAGUUACUACACUACAUACCAUACAAAACAAUGCAAGAUUAAAUUUGGAAGCAUAUUCAACACUAUGAACACGUAAAGCAUCAGUUCUAUGGACACAAAACCAGCAAUCUCAUUCAAAAUGUUUUUUUUAUUUUUAUUUAGUAUUAAAAAUUGAAUUUAGUUUUUUUUUAUUUACAGAGUGUUUGAACAGGAACUCUCUAAUUUGAAUCAAUAAUAGAGACGACAGUAGGAGGACCGAUGCUACUAGGUGUCGAAAGAGGUAUAUCCUCAACACACCAUAAUAUUAGAUAAUA